CCCGUUUGGGCUCUAAGCCGGCUAGGUGCAUCUAGCUAGCCUGACAUCAUCUGUUUGCCGGAUACCGCACGUCUUGUCUGUCUGGACAAAGUCAGGACGGCCAGGUAGCCUUUCAGUGUGCCCCUCUCUCCAUUUCACAUUUGGGAUCGUCUCCCAGAACAGAUAUGACGAAUGUUUUUAAAGCAGCUAGACCUCACAACAGCCCUCCGGCCAGCCUAUCUCCCAGACGAAGUUCUUCUCUUUGUCCAAGAUAAUGUGGGGUUGUACGAGGGGAAGUACAAGCUACAGAACCACCAGAAUGGGCAGGUCUACUUGACGUCGCAUCGCAUCUGCUAUGUAGAUAAGGCCGAUCCCCGGAAGAACUCGGUCGCCCUGGACCUCAAGGACGUCGAGCGAUAUGAAUACUACGCGGGCUUCCUCAAAUCCUCGGCCAAGGUCACCUUGAUCCCCAAGCCCACGAAACGCUCCUCGUUGCAGUCUAGGUCCCCAGCUGCAGGGACGGGCUCCCCCAGGGACAGCAACUCCUCUCCAGUCCCACGAUCAGACAGCCCUCUGAGGCCGGCACCUGUCGAUCCAUCCCCUGCGAGCUCGGCGACAUGGGUUUGCACCAUCUGCAGUUUCUCGAAUCCGGUGCCCUCAAACUUCGACCCGGCCACGGCCAGUGCUCUUACUCCCCUCCCGCCGUGCCUGGCGUGUGGGAUCAAGCCAGCCUUGACGCACGUGCUAAAGGCUGCUAUAAACAAUGCGACGAGCAGGCAGUCAGUAGUGUCACCCUUGCCGAUGCGUCCUCGGGGCGCCUCGGCAGGGAAUGGGCUGGUCGCAGGGAACGAGUCGCCGGCGGCGCGCGACAGCCCUCCCAAGACAUCUGAUCCUGACGCCUCUUUUCAAUGCCCUCGGUGUACCUUCCUGAACCAUCCGUCUCUACUAUCAUGUGAGAUGUGCGGCGGGCCACUGAUCUCGCACGACGUUCCGACAGAGCUGAGCCAGCCGGCUCAGCCCUCACAGCCCCAAGACAGGACUGAUUCCCCAGGCCCUAUCCUCAGCUACGGCGCGCUGCCUGGUAUGGAGAACCCCGAGAGCAUCAAGAUCUCCUUCCGGGCGGGCGGCGACAAGAUUCUGUACGAACGACUCAAGGGCGCCAUCACCCAGCGUAAGUGGCUCCUCCAAGGCGCACCCCGUGUCCCGAACCAGAAUCCUCUCGCGGUGGACGGCAAUUCCGGCGACGGGUCCACGCGCGAGCAAGUCAGGAAGAAAACGGUAGGCAUCGCAGGGCUCGAGCAGCGCGGGCUCGACAGGCGGAAGAACAACGAGCUUGUCAUCGGCACCGCUUUUGAGGACCUCGAGGCCCUGAUGGCAUCCGCAAAGGAGAUCAUCGCCUUGGCCGAGAGCUUCUCCAAGCAGGGCAACGGAGGCCCUGGCUCGUCCGAGGCGAAUGCGCUGCUGGCCGAGUCGGCAAGCCAGCUGGGCCUGGUCACGACGAAAGACAUCGUCGGCGGCGGGAGCAGCAACGAGUCGCUGUACCUAUCCGAGCUGGCGCGAAACCUCGCAGAGUUCCUGACGGACGACGCGAGGGGCGUGCUAAGGAAGGCGGGAGGCAUCAUCAGCCUGGUCGACCUCUGGGCCGUGUUCAACCGGGCCCGGGGCGGGGUGGAGCUGGUCAGCCCCAUGGACUUUGAGAAGGCGGCGCGGCUGUGGGAGAAGCUGAAGCUCCCCGUGCGGCUGCGGACGUUCAAGAGCGGCGUCAUGGUGGUGCAGAGCAUGGACAGGACGGACGAGAUGACCAUCAAGACCCUGCUCGCGUGGAUGCGGGACCUGCACGAUGUCCCGCCCGAGAGGGAGGUCCCCUGGGACUGGCAGGAGUUUGGCCGGGGCGUCACGGCGCGGGACGCGGCGGACAGGUUCGGCUGGAGCAUUGGCGUUGCCGAGGAGGAGCUGGAGAUGGCCGAGGAGCGCGGUGUGCUCUGCCGUGAGGAGGGCAUCGAAGGGCUCAAGUUCUGGGAGAACUUUAUCGAUACCGGGGAAGGCCGCAUGCGAAAGCGCACGGAGGCGCAAGAAGCGGAGGCCAAGAUUUACAAGGCGUUGAGGGAGAGCGGGUUCUUGUGAAUUAGCAGCGUGACACACACACACUCUUGACAGAUGGCCAUGAACGAAGGUCGAUCAACUCGGCCGCUUUGACACCAUAAACCCGCAGGCGCCCUU